CCAGACUGUGAUAAGAAUGAGGACUAGAAGGCAGUAGCUGCCGCUUACUGUACCCUAGAGCCUGAACUUUCCUGUUCCAAACCCGCCAACAACCAAUUGUUCGGCCUACGAACAUCCAUAAAGCUUGCUCUGUGCCCAGCCCUGUGCUGGGUGCUGAGGACACAGGUGUAUCAGACGCUUCUUGUGAGGCUGGGAGGCAGAUGCCGAGCCGGGCACAGGCACAGCAGGGGCUCAAGGGGCUGCUGGUUACAUCAGAGGAAGGGCAACAGGGAAGGCUUUUCGGAGGGUGACCCUUGAGCUGACUGAGCUUCCCAGGAUGAGCAAGAGCACUUCUCCAGGGGGCACUGACCGCCCGCCACCCCGACCCAGGUGUCAGGAGCCUGUGGCACCCAUAGCCCCCUGGAUUUUCCCGUCAUGACACUGAUGGCCGUACACGGUCACUCCUCACUUAGGAUCUGUCUAUUCCUGUUUCCUUAAGGACAGAUCCACCUCUGUAUCCCUGGAAUUGCCCAGAACAGGGUGGACAGAGGGCCUCUGCUGAAUAAAGAAGGGUGGAGUGGGCAACAGGCAGGCAGAGGGCUGUAUAGGACAAAAGCCUGAAGGUCUGAGGUAGCUCCUGUGUGGAGGGGUCCACCCCUCCCAACCUGGUUUCCCCUUCGUGGUUUCUCCAGCUCCGCCCCCUCGGCCCCUCCAGCCUGGUUUGCACAGCUUCCUGCUCCCAGUACUCUUGUCUGCAGCAUCAUGGCAAUUACUGUCUACCUUUCCUGCCUCCUGGUCCUGUCUAUGGCCGGCCUGGCUCAAGGCAUCAAGAGCUCCCUUAGGAGCCAGGACCCAGGACCCCAGCCGCUGGAGCUGAAACAGGCCUUCACACUGUUCCAGAUCCAGUACAACCGGAGUUACUCAAACCCAGAAGAGUAUGCUCGUCGCCUGGACAUCUUUGCACACAACCUGGCCCAGGCUCAGCAGCUGGAGGAGGAAGACUUAGGCACAGCCGAGUUUGGGGUGACUCCAUUCAGUGACCUCACAGAGGAGGAGUUUGGCCGGCUCUACGGGCAUCGGAGGAUGGAUGGAGAGGCUCCCAAAGUGGGCAGAGAGGUAGGGUCCGAAGAGUGGGGGGAGUCAGUGCCCCCAACCUGUGACUGGCGGAAGUUGGAUGGAGUCAUCUCAUCCGUCAAGAAGCAGGUACCUGCCCCAGUCCGGCCUAGUCCAGCCCUGGGGGUGGAGGGACGGUGGGGGCAAGGCCCAGAAAUCUCUUCUGCUGCCCCCCUCGUGCAGGAAAGCUGCAGCUGUUGCUGGGCCAUGGCAGCGGCAGGCAACAUCGAGGCCCUGUGGGGCAUCAAAUACCGCCAGUCCGUAGAACUCUCCGUGCAGGAGCUGCUCGACUGUGGCCGCUGUGGGGACGGCUGCAGGGGUGGCUUCGUCUGGGAUGCGUUCAUAACCGUCCUCAACAACAGUGGGCUGGCCAGCGAAAAGGACUACCCAUUCCAAGGGCAGGUCAAACCCCACCGGUGCCUGGCCAAGAAGCGUACGAAGGUGGCCUGGAUCCAGGAUUUCAUCAUGCUGCCGGACAACGAGCAGAAAAUCGCCUGGUACCUGGCCACCCAAGGCCCCAUCACCGUGACCAUCAAUAUGAAGCUCCUGAAGCUAUACAAGAAGGGUGUGAUCGAGGCCACGCCCACCUCCUGUGACCCUUUCCUCGUGGACCACUCUGUCCUGCUUGUGGGCUUUGGGAAGAGCGAGUCAGUGGCGGACAGGCGGGCAGGGGCAGCCGGAGCCCAGCCUCAAUCUCGCCGCUCAAUCCCGUUCUGGAUCCUGAAGAACUCCUGGGGCACCAAAUGGGGUGAGAAGGGGUAUUUCCGGCUGUACCGAGGGAAUAACACCUGUGGCAUCACCAAGUACCCACUCACUGCCCGUGUGGACCAACCAGCGAAGAAGCGCCCAGUGUCCUGCCCUCCCUGAGCCUGCACGACUGACCCUCAGCUCUGUCCUGCUAUGCCAGCUGUCUCCUCGCCAGCCCUACCCAAGGCUUUUGCCCGUCCUCUUAAUCUUGCUACGGCUUGAAUAAACCAAGAUAAGCUCCCUGGC